GUAAAUAUCUUUUAUUUGUUUAAAUUGCUGUGCUUUCCUCUCUUCAGGAAGGUGAAUAAGUGCUACAGAGGACGGUCCUGCCCCAUCAUCGUGCACUGCAGUGACGGGAUAGGCCGGACUGGGACGUACAUCCUGAUCGACAUGGUUCUCAAUCGCAUGGCUAAAGGUGUGAAAGAGAUCGACAUCGCUGCGACUCUGGAGCACGUCCGGGACCAGAGGCCGGGGAUGGUCCGCACCAAGGAUCAGUUUGAGUUUGCGCUGACGGCGGUCGCUGAGGAGGUCAACGCCAUCCUCAAAGCUCUGCCUCAGUGACACCCUCCUCUUCCUCCUCUUCCUCCUCCUCUCCACCAUGAUGAUUCUCACGAUGAAGAACGACGCUGUGCUUCUCCGUCCGCCCGCCUGGUGUCAAAAAACAUCUUACUUUUGGGACGGCUUUAAAGUCAGAAAGGCUGUGUCUGAUUGCUAUGCGUUUGUGGCACAGAGGUGAUGUGUUCAGGGACAGGAGUGUUGCGUUUAAUGCUAAUAUGAAAGCAAAAAUAAUUGAGAUAUUUAAAAAAGAGGUUAAAAAAAUAUGUAUGGUGUCUUAU